AUGAGUCCGCAUCAGCUGGCGACCGUUCUCCUCCUGGCUUCUCUGAUCAACUUGGGUCUUGGCCAGGUGCCCCGGAAUGGCUGCUCUCCGCGAUUCCAGUACCAGGGCUAUCUGGGGCAGUACAUCGGCUUGGUGAAAGUUCGUCAUCCAGUGGCCAAUAACCAGACGCUGGUCCUGCAGUUCUCCCAGCAGGGAUACCAUGACUUUAACGACUACGUGGGCAGUAUUUCGUUGGUGGAUGAUGAUGAAGUGACCCAGCAAAAUCUGCGCCAGGGAUUGCCGAUUCGGUACCGUGUUGAUUUCCCCAUUCCAACAAUACCGCCGAAGAUAACUAGCAUGCAAAUAAAUGGCAUGGAACUUUGCGGUGGCUUAGAGUAUCCUAAGCCAAGAACUGGCAUUACGCUGCGAAUCACUUGGACGCCCUCCUACAUAUCAGUUUUCGGGGCUAAUCCCCAGCCUGUGCCAACCCGACCGCAACCCACUUGGCCCCAAGAGGAAAGUCCACAGAUCGACUACAGAGAAACCAGGCCCAGUCAGCCAAGACUGGAGGAUAGCGGAGAGCUGUUUGGAAGGAGUAAUGAGUCACUGCCAGCGUUCCGGAAUCCCGGAAGGGGAUCUGCCCCUCAGCAGGCGAAUCAGAGUAGAGGUACUACCUCCCAGCCGAGGAUAACAAAUCCCGCUCCACAGCGGACGACACCAGAUCCUAGUCGAUCUUCUGCCCCAAUCGGUGAGCAGACGGUGAGAAGCCCUGUGGAUCUUGUUCCCCAGCAGAACCCUUCAUCCAAUGGGAUUCCGUGCGGUCGGGAGCGAGCUAGUACCACUCCAUUGAUCUUCCAAGGAACAAGUCUGGAGCGAGGUCAGCUGCCAUGGCUGGUGGCGAUCUUCCAGCGACGGGAGAGCAACGGACCCGCCUUCAUCUGUGGAGGAACCCUGAUCUCCACAUCCACGGUGCUAUCGGCCGCCCACUGUUUUCGUGCUCCUGGAAGGGACUUACCCGCCUCUCGACUGGCCGUCUCCUUGGGACGAAACACUCUGGCUAUUCACUCUGAUGGAGAAUUUCGCGGGGUAUCCCAGCUGGUCAUCCACGAAAACUUCCAGUUCAAACAGUUCACGGAGGCCGAUUUGGCGCUAGUUCGGCUGGACCAACCUGUGAGGUACACGGACUACAUAGUGCCUAUUUGCCUCUGGAGCACCAGCAACCGCAUGGAUUUGCCCCAGGGUCUGGGGAGCUAUGUUGCCGGCUGGGGACCUGAUGAGACCGGCACCGGCAACACUGAAGUGUCCAAGAUUACCGACCUAAAUAUCGUUACCGAGGCGAACUGCGCCGAGGAGCUGCCCCAUGUGCUAGUCCAGCCGAGCACCCUGUGUGCCAAGAAGGCGGGAGCAGGACCUUGUGCCAGCGAUGGAGGCGGACCAUUGAUGCUCCGGGAACAGAACGUUUGGGUGCUGCGGGGAGUGAUCUCCGGAGGUGUGAUCAACGAAAAGGAAAACACCUGUGAGCUAUCCAAGCCAUCCGUAUUCACCGAUGUGGCCAAACACAUAGAAUGGGUUCGCCGGAACAUGUGGAAUUAAACAGAAAUUCAAGCUGGCCAAGCUGAAGUGCAUGGCGUCCUUCUGUAGAGAUUCCCAAUCAUGAGUGUACUCCAAAUCACGUAAUCCGAAGAUCUAUGUAUUACUGCCUACUACUGCGCUAUGGGUAAUUCUAAGUGGAUUCAUUAAUCAUGGAAAAAUUAAAGCCAAGCGGAGCACUUUGAAUACCCUGCAAA